UCGGUCUCCGUUCCGAGGUGGAAAUCGCUGUGAAAAGUGGGGAAGUCUUAACAAACUGCAGCCUCCCCCCAUCGUUGUCGUUCUCGUUGGAAAAGUCGUGAACCAUUUUGUGCUGCAUGACUUCACGGGGAAAGUAGAUAAACACCUUGCUUUGCACAUCCAGUGCGUGAAGCGGUCGUAUGCCGUGUUCGCUGUCCUUAAUUGAAUUACAAUUCGCCUUAAUUCGCCUCGAAGGUGGCUAUGAAGAACGUAAGAGCAGCAGCAACAGCAGCAGCAGCAGCAGCACCGGAGGCGACCCUCUCCCCUGAUGGAAGCUUUACCGAUGAAACCGGGGCUCGUCCGGUGGGUAAAGCAACUGUACCAUCGGCCAGAGAUAAAUCCCGAAAUAGUCAGGACCUCACCAGCAGCCAAUCGACUUUGGAGAGUUACGCAAGGCUAACACGCAAUUCGGAGGGUUCGGAUUACUCGUGGACGAGGCAGCCUCGGUCCGCGCGCGCUUCCGAUAACAUAAUCGAGGAGAGAAAUCCAACCACCAAAGACGACAGCUCACCAACUGACCAUUCAGCAACGCAGCGCGAGCUCAUGUCUAUUCACUCGUCCGAUAGUGAAUCCCACCGAACGACGACCAGCAGCGGCACGUCCGUCAUACUCGAUUCUACCACCGACAACCAAACGUCCCUGCUGCAGGUCGUUCACGAUGACCUCGAGCUGAGCGCUCUGGCGGCUACGGCUGGUGACUCAUACGCCUUCGCAACCAAGAAAGGGGCACACGUUUAUCACGGCAAGCAGCACCACAACCGGCACCGCCGCCUAUCAGACGGUCUGCCCGGUGUAGGGGAAAGUUAUGGCCGAGGAGGAGGCACCCAGUACGCCGUCGGUGGCACACGCGAUCUGGACGGGGGAGCACCACAAAUCAGCUGCACGUCGCUCUCCGCCAUCAUGGAGGCCAUCAAGGAUUCGACGGAAUUGAUUAAUCGCACCAUCAGCGAAAAGAUGCGAGAUUCGGAACCGAUGAGUCGACCGAGGAGCGCGGUCAGCAGCAGUAACAGUCUGCCGACGGCCUCGCGCUUUCACAGUCUGGGCCCUCACAGUCCGUCGCCGUCUGUGCACGCAUCCCUGCAGGGUGGUAGUGCAUUCCAUCAGUCGUACAGCCCGGGCGUCAUCUCCGAUAUGGUGCGCGAGAUACGGGAAAAUUCACGCGUCCGCGAGGAAGCCUUCAUGGCCAACGUGCGCUCGAUCAUGGAGGAUCGCUCCUGGAUGCAGAACGAAACGCUGACCCGGCUGACGCGAGACGUGGAGGACCUGAAGCGCGGCUUCCAGUCGGUGCGCACGGACGUGGACGGCAUGAAGUCGACGCUCGAUGUUAUGCGGUCGGAGGUGGCAAACUUCGGGCUUCAGAUGAACUACCUGAUAGCGCAGCACCAGCAGCUGGCGCACGCACCUCCCAACUAUACCACCACCAGCAACCUUACCCACGGUCAACCGACACCUCCACUCCCGCCGAUCGUUGUAGGCGGUUUGACAAUACGCCGGGGCUUGGAUAAUUCGUGUCUGCAGCAGCAGCAGAAGCAGCAACAGCAGCAGCUGCAGAAGCAGCAGAAGCAGGCGCAGCAACCGCCGCAUCACACCUUUUACCCGGCUGCUACUCCUGCGCGGCUAUCAAUGCCGCCGGUACCACCGGAUGACAUUACCGGCAAGUAUGGUGCCAAGCCGGGGGGAUCCACCGUCUACGAGAUGGUACCCAACGCCACAAACCACAAUCCACCCUCCUCACCACGGGCCGGCUUGCUGGUGCGCGAGGACGUAAGCACGAUCGUCCUCGAUGACGACUGCACCAGCGAUAACGAUUGCUCGCCGAUCGUUGUUGGCGAUUUAAUAAUACGCCGGACCAUGGAUCAUUCGUGUCUGCAGCAGCAGCAGCAGCAACCGCCGCAUCACCACUUCUAUCCGGCGGCUGCUACUACUGCGCGGCUAUCAAUGCCGCCGGUACCACCAGAUGACAUUACCGGCGAGUAUGGUGCCAAGCCGGGGGGAUCCACCGUCUAUGCCACAAACCACAACCAGGGCCAGGGUCAGGGCCUGGACGAGUUGCGGGGCCUGUACGAGGAACAAAUUGCGGCUCUCACCCGCCGUACCCUCUCGCUGCAGGGCGAACUCGAACUCAGUAAGAGAAGCGGACGGAAUGGACACACGUCGCCUCCCGAUUCGUUGCCAAAUUCGGGCCGCCCAGGGCCGGUUGGCACAACCGUACAGGCCGGUACGAGUUCGCACGGUAUGGUUUCACCCCGGGAUAACCUGCCGUACCUCCAGAUGCUGACCGGACCGGUGACGGACCUUUAACGGACAUGAUCUUAGCCAAAUCGCAACGGUAAAUGCAAAACCUUCUUAUAACCCACGUGUCGUCAACCUUUCCAGUACGGCGCAUAACACAGGAACACAUUGGCUCGACUUAAUUGGAGUUGGGGCCUGUAGACGCGGUCCUUCGUUUGUGGGAGAGGCGUUGCUGCUGCAUCGCUGCAGUUGCUAGUCCUAACCCUCCUCCUUGAUAUACCGAUCCGUUUUACUCCGAUCGUAGACUUACUCAGAUAGACAGACACACUCUUUCUCGAAUGGCUCGCCUAGUAGAGCGGGUAGAGGAGUGAAGACUUAAAAAAACGAACUUAUAACACAACAAAAAAAAACUCAUACACACACACACACACACACACGCAUUAUUUACCACGAGUGCUUUAUCUUAAUGAAGGUUACCAAUAUCGUAACGCUAGCGAAGCGAGCACGCGCAGAAGAAACAUUGCGCCACUUCAUAAACAUUUCCAUACCCUGGGGCCUUAAUAAACUGAAAAUGCGUUCGAAACAAUGACUACCCGCUUGUACAUUGUGUGCGAGUGUGCCAAGAGCGAAAUACCCGAUCGAAUGGGAUU